AUGUCGCGCCGAACGAGCGGACCACAGAGCAACAGGCGCAUCUCUGCUGGAGCCAGGAGCGCACCUUACGCAGUGAGUGGCGCGCUUGUAUUCCCAGCCGAAUGCACGCGCACUUGUCGUGCGAGCUUCACACUCAUCACUUGUGUCCUAUGCUCUCAUCCUACUUGCAGCGCCCUGACGCGGAAAGGAGAAGUAGCUCGCAAAAGCAGAAUCGCGGUGGUGCCAGAGACAGUGAUGCGAACUGGGAACACGACCGGUACCAAGGGGAUGAGGGUGCGUAAUCAACUCAACCUGCCGUCGCCUCUUAGGCGAUCGGCAAUCACUGAUGAGCUUUGCGGUGCCGCUUUGCAUGCUUCAUCGUUCACAGCUAGCAAAGGAACCUUUCCGCCUACACAGCUUUCGAUCAGGGGCUACUCUGGCCCAACAUGGGUUCUCGUCUCUAAUCUGCUUUUGGGCACUUCAGCAGCCGAUGUCGAUUCGACCUUUCGUCAGUAUGGCAAGGUGCUGACUGUUCAAAAAAGGGAACCACCAGGACCGAACCACCCGAGCGUCGCGUACUACGUCGCUUUUAACGACAAUGCAGAGGCCAGAGAAGCGGUCAAGACUUUGGACAAAGCGUUAGCGGAUGGCAGAAUUUUGACAGUUGGACUUUGCGGACCUCCUAUAAGCUCGGCAAGUCGCAUGCUUGCCAAUGCUGGUGUGGGAAGAGCUGCCGAGCCUGCGCCACGAAUGCCUCAACAUCAGCAGCAAGACAGAAGCCGAUCGAUAGAGGGUAGUGCCAAGAGCGGUACCUCGCGCAACCAGAGUGGAAGCAAUGCAAGCGCAGCGAACCCGCCCACCGGACCUCGCAAUCCCGGCAAGGCGCAAACGCAGAAUCAAGGAGGAACGGGGGCAAAGGGUCAGACAACCGGGUCCUUGUCUCAAAGAUUGAUGAAUGCUGGCGAGCUGAGAGCGUUGCAGAAAAAGCAAGCAUUGGACAAGAGGGCAGCGUUGAUUGCCAAAACUGGAGCAAGGACUGGCGUGGCAGGCAAAGGCAAGACUGCGAUGAUCCAAGCGACUCAAGGCCUAGGACCCCGCAAGGGUAAAGGAGGAGCCGCAUCGACAGGUCUUGGUAGUAGGAUUGCUCCCUUGUCCCUCGCGCAACGCUUGCAAGCAGAAGAUCCCGCGUCGCAGAAAAAGGGCAAAGGCAAAGCCACUGUUGCGACCAUCACAGGGUGAGUGUUACGCAUGGCUCAUUGCUUGCCUGGCCGCAGACGCGCGUUGGCCAAUCUGACAUUCUCUCUCACUCGCUGCACAAGUGGCGCUUCGCCUGCGCCAGGUCAAGGUGCGAGCACCAAAGCAAAGUCUCGACGCAAGAAGAAGGAGAAUACGAUGGAUGUCGAUUGA